CGUCAUUCAUAUUUUGGUAAGACAUCAGGAAGUGCAAAAGAAGGCAAGACCGAUAGCAGAAAGGCUUAAGUUUCAGUGCCUAGUUUUGCUUUGUUUAGCUUGUUUUUUUGGACACAGUCCUUAAGGUCUUAUUGCUGGUUCGCUAAGAAUCGAGUCAAGAUGUCGAAAUUGGAAAAACAGCUCUUCAAUUUGAAGUUUGCUGCUAAACAACUCCAAAGCAGUUCAAAGAAAUGUGACAAAGAGGAAAAAACAGAGAAGCUUAAGGUUAAGAAAGCUAUCCAGAAGGGAAAUAUGGAAGUGGCGAGGAUCCACGCAGAAAACGCCAUCAGACAGAAGAACCAGUCUCUGAACUUCCUGAGGAUGAGCGCGCGGGUAGAUGCGGUGGCAGCGAGGGUCCAAACUGCAGUCACAAUGAACCAGGUCACAAAUUCUAUGGCUGGAGUGGUGAAAAGCAUGGAUUCUGCUCUGAGAUCUAUGAAUCUGGAAAAGAUUUCAUCUCUCAUGGACAAAUUUGAGCACCAGUUUGAAACUUUGGAUGUUCAGACCGCCCAUAUGGAAGACGCCAUGAGUAGCACAACAACACUCACAACUCCACAGAAUCAAGUGGAGGGGUUGAUGCAUCAACUGGCUGAUGAAGCAGGAUUGGACCUGAACAUGGAGCUCCCUCAGGGACAGACAGGAUCCGUGGGUUCCAGCGUGGCCUCUGCAGAACAGGACGAACUUUCUCAAAGGCUCGCCAAACUCCGCGAUCAAAUGUGAAGAGCGACUGUUCCAGAAAACUACCUGAAUAUUUCACCCAAAAACCUUUUUACUUCCAUCGUUCAUAUUCUCCUUCUUCAUCUCUUGUGUCUCUGUCGAGGAGCUACUGCAUCAUUUUUUCUUUCCUCACAUAAUGACUCUUGUUGACUGUGUUAAUAAUAACCUUUGGCCUCUGUAGACUCAGAGGUGCUAGAUUUGGAAAAUGUAUACAUUUCUUAAAUAUAUUAUUUUCCAAAAAGUAAGAUCUAAUGUGGCUUUAUUGUUUAACAUGUAUACUCAAGAACGACUUACAUUUUUCAAUUAUAGAGCGUGACAGUCGUUACCCUGUAUUUAUUGGCAUAUUUCAUAUACUUUUGGUGCAUAAGCUGAAGGUUUGGGGUUAUACAAUUCAACUUGUUGUUAAUAAGCGCAUGAUUGCGGAACCGUAUAAGCAUUUUUCUCUUCGUGUGAAAGACCUUCUUGCUUACUGGUGAACUGAAUUCUUUAGAUUUGUUGAGAUUUAAUUCUGAGGAUUAUAUUUUAGAAGAUAUUGGAUGAAAAACCUGUGUUGGUGAACUUCAGUAUUUUCACUGAUCAUUUGGUAAGCGGGUACAGUUUGGAUAUUAUAUACAGUUAGCAACAAUAAAGUUUUAUAGUACUUUUA